CGCUUACUUUUCAUGAGCCACACAACUACAGGGGUUGCGGAGAACUGCAUACUAGAACCAAUAGGAUAGUUGGAGGUCACUCAACCGGAUUUGGCUCGCAUCCAUGGCAAGUAGCGCUGAUAAAGACUGGAUUUCUCACCAAAAAACUGGCUUGUGGAGGAGCACUAUUGAACGAGAGGUGGAUUGUUACUGCGGCGCAUUGUGUAGCAACCACAGCAAACGGCAAUAUUCGCAUCCGUCUUGGCGAAUGGGACGUACGGGACCAAGAUGAAAAACUCGCCUAUGAGGAAUACUCCGUAGAAAGGAAAGAGGUUCAUCCCGCCUAUUCCCCUUCCGACUUCAAGAACGACGUCGCCUUGGUAAAAUUAGAUAGAAAUGUCAGGUUCAAGCAGCACAUCAUUCCCGUCUGCCUUCCAUCUCCAACGAUGAAGCUAGCUGGAAAGAAAGCCACAGUAGCAGGAUGGGGAAGAACAAGGCAUGGCCAAGCAACCGUUCCUUCAACCUUACAAGAAGUAGAUGUGGAAGUGAUACCAAACGAUCGAUGCCAAAGAUGGUUCAGGGCUGCAGGAAGAAGGGAAACUAUUCAUGAUGUUUUCCUAUGCGCUGGAUAUAAAGAUGGAGGCCGUGAUUCAUGUCAAGGCGACUCUGGAGGGCCACUAACAAUGACAGUAGAAGGCAGGAAAACUCUUGUAGGUCUUGUUUCAUGGGGUAUCGGAUGCGGUAGAGAGCAUCUUCCCGGUGUUUACACCAAUAUACAGAAAUUCGUGCCUUGGUUAGACAAAGUGAUGGGAUAACUUGUUCCAAAGAGUUUCGAUCAGAAGAUACUACUGGUUAUAAUAUUGAAAUAGUAAAUAGUGAACAAUGAAAGCGUUGAUCACAUAACGCAUCAAUAUU